CACAGUAGCGCCGCUACGAAGUGUCAGAAGAAGACUGGAGUAAAUGGACGCUUCCAUGUCGCGAAUGUGAGGCUGACAAAGAUUAAUUUUACCUAUCUGCCAACCUCAUCGAGAUCACAAUCGUGUCACAUAUUACAACGCCUUUUGCAGUACAGAUUAUUGCUGUUCAACGGCGGACUGAUAGUCCAAUUUGGCAUCAGCCUUCAAUUCCUUCCAAAUGAAGGACGGCAAGGAGAACUCUAACGCCACUUUUGGAAGUUUUGCCACAAAUCUGGACCACACAAAGCCAUGCUGGUACUGGGACAAGAAGGAUCUGGCCCACACCCCGUCCCAGUCGGACGGCCUGGACCCAGCCACAGAAGCCCGGUACAGACGAGAGGGGGCCCGGUUCAUAUUUGAUGUCGGGACACGUCUGGGACUACAUUAUGACACUCUGGCGACUGGAAUAACAUACUUUCAUCGUUUUUACAUGUUUCAUUCUUUCAAGCAGUUCCCUAGAUAUGUGACCGGGGCUUGUUGUCUCUUCCUGGCUGGUAAAGUAGAAGAAACCCCCAAGAAAUGUAAAGACAUCAUCAAAACCGCUCGCAGUCUGCUCACCGAUGUGCAGUUCGCUCAGUUUGGAGAUGAUCCGAAGGAAGAGGUCAUGGUCUUGGAAAGAAUUUUACUCCAGACAAUCAAGUUUGAUUUACAAGUUGAACACCCCUACCAGUUUCUGCUGCGCUACGCUAAACAGCUCAAAGGUGACAAGAACAAAGUUCAGAAGCUUGUGCAGAUGGCGUGGACGUUUGUCAAUGACAGUCUCUGCACAAUGCUGUCCCUUCAGUGGGAGCCUGAGAUCAUAGCAGUGGCCGUCAUGUACCUUGCUGGCCGACUGUGUAAGUUUGACAUUCAGGAGUGGACGUCUAAGCAGUCGUCCCGCCGCUGGUGGGAGCAGUUUGUACAAGAUGUGCCAGUGGAGCUGCUGGAGGACAUCUGCCACCAGAUUCUGGAUUUGUACUCGCAGGGUAAGCAGCCGAUCCCCCAGCAGCCUCCGAUGCAGGACAAGGAGAAACCCCCGCCCCCUCCUGCGGCCCAGCCCAGCCAGUCAGGUGUCCCGAACCCUCCCGCUCAACCCCCCUCCAAGAAAAACUCCCCCCAGGCCAGCCCGCCCGCCAAGAUUAAACGCCAACAUGUCUCUCCUAAAGACGAACCUAAAGCCCCAGCAGAGCAAGUUGGGUCUAAGAUACCCCGCCUGGAGAGUCCUAUGCCCCCUCUUCCUGUGUCCCAACCCCCAGAUCGCAAGGCUCCCUCUGCCAUCCCAGCGCCUCCUGCUGAAGCGGAACCAGCCACACCUGCUGAAAUGGAGCCAGCACAAGGUCCCGCUCCUCCCCUGCCCCACGGGGCCCCGCCGCCUCUACCCCACCGCCCUCCCCCGCCUCCGCCCUCCAGCUAUAUCAUGGGAAUGUCCACGUCCAGCUCGUACAUGUCCGGCGAGGGGUUUCAGAGUCUGCAGUCCAUGAUGAAGACCGAAGGGCCCUCUUACGCUCCCAUGCCUCCUUCAUACGGGCUCCCUUACCACCCGCACGUCUAUCCACACCAAAACCCCCCGCCUCCAGGCCCUCCCCCAACCACUUACCCUCCUCCCAAUCUGCCCCCGCCCACCCCAUCUUACCCUCCUCCAGGCUACAACCCCAGCUACCCCCCUCCACCCCCACGCAUGCCACCCGGGCACAGUGUGCCCCCUCCGGGCAUGGGCCUCCCCCCCGCUGGGUACCCUCCUCCGCCCGGCCAACCUCAGGUGCCGCUGCCCCCCCACGCCAUGCCGCCCGUGGCAGGAAUGAACAGAGGGGCGUGGAUGAGAUGAGAGGUGAUGAAAUGACACCCUUGAUACAUGUGCCUGUAUACAGUAUAUACCGUCUGUACCAGGUUUUUAUGUAUUCGGAUGCAGGUUUCACAGGAAGAUAUGGACAUUUCAGCUGCCAAGUUGAACACUGGUGAACUUUGAGUGUCAGGGAGGCCGUGAACUACAACAGACUUCCGCUUGGGUUCAGGGUUUCACCAUUCGGUGAGACUUCCUCUCCACUUAUCCGAAUUAAAGGGAUAGUUCACCUCAAAAUCAACCUCACGUUGUUCUAAAUCUGUGAAUUUCGUCAAAUCUUCAUG